CAUCUCUAGUAUAUACAUUCUAAGUGAAAAUUUAUUCUCUGGUAUCUAGUGUGAAAAUUUCUUUCUAAAAUUCGCUUGCAAUUUAUUUGCAGUUGUGCCCAAACGAUUUGAUAGUGAAAAGCAAUGUUACCGCAUCUCUGAUGCCCUUCGUGUCAGCUACCCGUCUUGGCCAGCUAAAAAUUGACCGAAUCAGCUUGUUGGACAUUCAAGCACCCAAUUCUAGCCGGAAAAAGGCUGAACUGGCAACACUGCAGUCGCCAGAGCCGCCGCCGACACAAUACUCGGGCAAAAUGAAUAAACCAAAGUGCACGUUGGCUUUUUGUUAAUUUUUCGCAAUUUUUGAUUCGUGUCGUCAUCUCGCCAUCGUCAUCGUCAUUGCCAUUGUCAAUUGUCGCCCACCACCCGCUCAGACCCUCCCACCACCUUCGACAGUCUUGUGGGGGACACCUUUUGGCAGAACCCUGUUCCCAGUGCAGCAUUGAUUGAGCCCCACACCUCAAGCAACAUCUCCUCAGCAUCUCUCAGUCGUCAUAUUCCAAUAUACUGUUCAGUUAUGUCAUCGACUGCCGCAAAACGCAAGGAGAUCUACAAAUAUCUCGCACCAUGGCCGCUCUAUUCCAUGAACUGGAGUGUGCGACCGGACAAGCGGUUCCGCCUUGCCCUGGGCAGCUUCAUCGAGGAGUAUAACAAUAAAGUGCAAAUCAUCAGCUUGGACGAGGACACCAGCGAAUUUAGUGCUAAAAGCACCUUUGAUCAUCCAUAUCCGACGACAAAAAUAAUGUGGAUACCGGACUCGAAAGGCGUUUAUCCCGAUUUGCUAGCCACCAGCGGCGACUAUCUGCGCGUGUGGCGUGCCGGCGAGCCGGACACAAGACUUGAGUGCGUUCUGAACAACAACAAGAACAGCGACUUCUGUGCCCCGCUCACGUCGUUCGACUGGAACGAGGUGGAUCCCAAUCUGGUGGGCACCUCCUCCAUAGACACAACAUGCACCAUCUGGGGCCUCGAAACGGGCCAACCGCACGCCCGCGUCUAUGUGGCGGGACAUGUGAAGACGCAGCUGAUAGCCCACGACAAGGAGGUCUAUGACAUCGCAUUCUCACGGGCUGGCGGUGGACGGGACAUGUUCGCCUCCGUGGGUGCCGAUGGAUCGGUGCGCAUGUUCGAUUUGAGGCAUCUGGAGCAUUCGACCAUUAUUUAUGAGGAUCCUGCCCACACGGCGCUACUGCGUCUGGCUUGGAACAAACAAGAUCCGAAUUACUUAGCCACAGUUGCCAUGGACUCGUGCGAAGUUAUUAUUUUAGAUGUUCGUGUUCCUUGUACUCCCGUUGCAAGACUGAGCAAUCACAGAGCGUGCGUCAACGGUAUUGCGUGGGCGCCGCAUAGUUCCUGUCACAUCUGCACUGCCGGUGAUGAUCACCAAGCACUGAUCUGGGAUAUACAACAAAUGCCACGCGCAAUCGAGGAUCCAAUUUUAGCCUAUACAGCUGCCGAGGGCGAAGUCAAUCAGAUUCAAUGGGGCGCCACACAGCCCGAUUGGAUAGCCAUUUGCUACAACAAAGCGUGCGAGAUCCUCCGAGUCUAAGAGUCAAUUUUGUCCCUGCCUGCCUCCUGCCUUUGGCUGUGGCUGUGGCUCUAAAGCACUUGGAUGUAAUUGCUAAACAACGCACAGUCAACCACAAGAACCACACAUCCGCAGAACACACCCUCACAUGUACACACACACACACACACACAUUUGCUGUUGGUAUUUCGGAUGAACCUGAAGUGAAGGCUAUGUAAGAGUGGAUUUAUGUUAAAUCUGGGUUCUCCGCAUCUGUCACUUGUUUAAUUCAAAGCUUUUGUCUGUCGUUUGCCUUGUUCCAGAACGAGCGAGAGAGAGAGAGAGAGAGAUAGUGUGAACAAGAGGGAUAGAAUGAGGCAAAGAGAGAGACAGAAGGAUAGAUAGAGAGCGUCGCGCUCUGGAUGAUGUAUGUAUUUUUAGAUAUCUUAGCUUAGUUGAUUAUACGAGUAUAUAAGUCGGGAAUCUAUAAGGUAUAACCAAAAGAUGUAUUUCUAACUGUAGUUUAUUUAACCCUUGACGAGACCUCCCUUAUAGCCAUAUGACAUUCGACUUUGCUAACUUAUCUGCGAAGGGAGAGAGAGAGAGAGAGAGAGAUAGCAUCAGAGACAAAUCGCAAAACUAGUAUUCGUAGCCGUCUCCAGACACGACAUCUCUCCCGACUAUCAGUCGAGGCACUGGGACAAAAUGUCAUUAAAACGUAUAACAAUCGGCUAUCUCUGCCCGCAGCGCUGCUCCCAGCUGACGCAUAUAUUUCGCCCGCAGCUAGUUAGCAAAGUUAAAUGUCAUAUUGGUAAAGGCCAUAUGCCCGCAACCCAGAACAAAUCAAAUUGAGGCGCCUCCAAUUAUUUCAUAAUUUGGAAAGAAAAGUAUAAAGAAGAGAGUGAAGAAACGAACCAACAGUUAUUUAAAUGAAAGAAAAAACAAUGUCCUACCUCGUUUUCCCACACAGAAUGUGGUUACCGUUGAUGUGUCUGGCCACAGCAACACACCCACACACAGACACACAACCACACACAUAAAAACACAUUAAACAAAAUAGAAAGAAAAAAAAGCUUUUUCGAAAUAUGUUUACUUUGUUCGUUCCUUUUUUUUUUUGUACGAAUUCUACGAGAACCAAACACCCGAAAAAAAAAGAGAAAGAAAAACAGCAGCAAAAGAAAAACCAUGGACUUAAGCAAAUGCAAAACAAAAUAAAAGGAAGAGAAGAGAAAACAAAUAAGUUAAAUAAGCGAAAAGAUACUUACAUAUAUUACCGAAUAAAACUGAAAUCAGAAAACCAAAUGCACACGACACACAGCUAGAACACAAUACUAUCUAAAAUACAAACUAAAGCAAACGCAAAUACAAAACAAUUAAAACGAGAAAAAAACCGAAAUAUAUGAGCGAGAGAGAAUACAAGAUUGUUGCUAUAUCCAUUUACCAAGCGAAAGAAAAA